AUGCACUGCGUUUUUACUCUUGAAACGCAAAAAAAGACGGGCUGGCGUCCAUGGAACGUGGCGAAGGCAGUAUUGGGCCUCUUCUUGCAAUACCUGAAUUACACUGUAACUGAAACAUUCAAUAGUGGGGUGAGUCUGGAAUCCUCCCCACAUUGGCGCCAAUUUGACAUUAUGUGUGCUGAGAAUGUGCUGGAGUGUAGUGUGUGGCAUGUACUGGAAUAUGCUGGCGUCGCCAUGUUGUCUUCCCACACCCUUUCAGAGUGGGCGCAGGAAUUAGUGCUGAGUGCGCGACAUGCCGUUGCACCCAUUUUGCCUGAAAAGCUGUUCUGCACAUGGGGCCGAUUUGACAGGCGGUUACGGGUGCACUGA